AUGGCCCUCCUGUUCCCUCUACUGGCAGCCCUAGUGAUGACCAGCUAUAGCCCUGUUGGAUCUCUGGGCUGUGAUCUGCCUCAGAACCAUGGCCUACUUAGCAGGAACACCUUGGUACUUCUGCACCAAAUGAGGAGAAUCUCCCCUUUCUUGUGUCUCAAGGACAGAAGAGAUUUCAGGUUCCCCCAGGAGAUGGUAAAAGGGAGCCAGUUGCAGAAGGCCCAGGUCAUGUCUGUCCUCCAUGAGAUGCUGCAGCAGAUCUUCAGCCUCUUCCACACAGAGCGCUCCUCUGCUGCCUGGAACAUGACCCUCCUAGACCAACUCCACACUGGACUUCAUCAGCAACUGCAACACCUGGAGACCUGCUUGCUGCAGGUAAUGGGAGAAGGAGAAUCUGCUGGGGCAAUUAGCAGCCCUGCACUGACCUUGAGGAGGUACUUCCAGGGAAUCCGUGUCUACCUGAAAGAGAAGAAAUACAGCGACUGUGCCUGGGAAGUUGUCAGAAUGGAAAUCAUGAAAUCCUUGUUCUUAUCAACAAACAUGCAAGAAAGACUGAGAAGUAAAGAUAGAGACCUGGGCUCAUCUCGAAAUGAUUCUCAUUGA